CAUCUAAUCUCUCCUGUCAGGUCCCUGUAGAUUUCUGCGUGCAUGAAGAGACCCAAAGUGAAAACGUCUCUACUGAGCAUGUGGACUUUCUUUUGGCCCGUCAGCAGUGGAAGAAGAUGGAAGAAGAGGUCAAAGGUCAGCCUAUCCCAAAACCGGGACUGAGAGCUCAGGGGAGCUUCCAGGGCACCCACUCGUCACUGUAUCCCCCCACUCGCAGUCCCCGGCUCAAACACAGGGAAAUUCAAAUCCCCAUGCCCAGGGAACCUCCUCUGUCCUCCACCCUGUCCCCUAGCUCAGAGGACUCAGGUCUGGAUGAUUCGUCAUACCGCAGCACCCUGGAGGAGCCUGAGACUGCAGUGGAGAGAGAGAUCCGAUUGACUCUAGAGAGAGAGGAACGACACCGCAGGGAGAGGGGAAUGAUUGCACAUGGCCUUGCAAUACCCAGGCCAUCCAGCUUGCAGACAGGACGAUCUCCACCCAGACCUCCGGCCUGCCGCACCCCAACACUCUCAAUCUCCCCGACUCCAUCCUGUUCCUCGUCCCUUCCCCGAUCUGCCUACCAUGAAAUGACAGCUAACAACGUCAUCAUCCUGGAGCCCGAUUCCUCUAGCCCCGCCUCCAGGAAUCGUCUGCUCUCUUCUGCAAUCGGCGGCCUUUCCGAUUGGCCAGCAAAUUCAGAUGCAGUGCCUUCCGCUAAUGUCAUUGUUGUAGAGACCUCCAAUCUGAUCAUUCGCAGUGCGUCUGAGUUCUGCCUAAGCUCCACCCCACUGUCCGUGGAACCGCAGGAGAGCACCUUCACUUCAAAUCCUUUUUUCAAGCUGCGCUCACUCAGCAGCCAGUCACUGGUGGAGCAAGAGAUCAGGAUGGUGAGGCAGAGGGAGGAGGAGUGGAAAAGGCAGAGGGAGGAGAUGUGGAGGAGGAAAAGAGAGGAGGAGUGGAAGAGAGGGAGAGAGCGGUACGAUACUGUGUUGGUGUCUCCGGGUCUGAGUGAUAAUGUCACAUACAAUGUGUCAGUGGUUCCAGACAGAAGUGUCUCCUCCCCGUCAUCCCCCUCCAGGACCCGCAAAAUAGAGCGAUCCAGUUUGUCUUGUGACCACAAGUUCCCUCCUUCCCUCUCUUCAGUGCCUCGACAACAAAAUGCCAUGGCACAACGAUGGGAGGCCUCCCUACUAGCCAAUCAGAAGAAGAAGUAAGCAACGGUACUGCUCAGCUGUCAGACAUUUUAAAAGCCAAAAUGACGUCCCCUGCCUAUUUCUUCCUUAGUUUCGCCAGAAAUCUCAGUCAGUCCUGUGUAUCAGCAGCCAGUGUGUUUUACAACAUUUGUCAGAGCUAUGGGUUAUUGCUCAAAUGUGGGUUUUUCACCUGGACACCACAGAAGAAGAGGACUGUUUCUCGGUUUCAAUGAUUUCAGUAAUUUACCUGAGCUGGUUUUCCACAAUGUCUCAGUGGCUUUAAAAUUCAGACUAUCUAAAAGAGUCCGACACAUUGGAUCUGCCUGUAACGUCACUUUUUCUUUUAUAUAAUAAUUCCUGUGGACACAUUCCCUAAAGGUGUAGGACUACCGUAAGUAUAUAUCAGUCUUAAUCUGCAGUAAUGAUAAUCCCACUGGUUUUAACAUGUGAUAUUUAAUGUGAAUUUUCACAUUUUAACAUUUGUGAUUUUAUCCUCGAUAUAUAAUAUUUACAGCACUUUGAUAACUAGAUAUGGCUGAGCUAAGGCACUAAUAGAACUAUUUAUUGACAUCUAUUUUAUGUGAAUGACUGACUCUAAUGCAGUGAUUUUCAAUUUUACUUCUUGGCAGUCACGUGCUCGACUUUAAUGACUUUAUAUGUGAAAAUAUUGUAGCUAUGCAUUGCAGAGAUGCAGACAUGAUGUUGCAUGUUGUUUUCUUCACAAUAACAGUUCACGUAUUUUAAAGGUGCCACACCAAACUUUGAAAAUCACUGCCUUAAUGAAGUGUUACAACGAGCCAUUGAUCCAAACAGUUUGGAUGUCCCAGGUUUCCUAAAGUGCUACGGUGGCUUUUGCUUCUUUUAUGAAGGUCAGUUGUUGGCACAGGUUCUGAUCAGUGUGUUAAAUAUACACUCUACCUUCCUUUAGUCCCUCAUCAGCACACAUUUGCCAUUUUUGAGGAAAGCUGUUAGUGUUUUAAACAGUUUAGGUAGCUUCUGUUAAGUGGCUGCAUGAUCUUGAUGAGAGCAGCUCAUAAAGGGAAACUUGCCCUUGCAUGAUGGAUCCUCCCUCUUUAGUUUUUAACUUUAACAUUAAUAGUUUGCCUUUGGCAUCCAAACUGUACUGUUUUCAUCCUCUCAGUAGUUGGCCUACAGCCUUUUUACUUUUUACUUUAGGAACCAAAAGAAAAUCUGUAAUUUCUGCUGUGCAACCUGUGUUGUUGUGUGUGCCACAGGCUUUUUUCUAUCAUGAGCCUAGUUAUCCCCCAAGAGACCAAGGUAUAAGGAAGGAUUCUACUCUUAUCUAGACUGUAGAUAAGUUUGAUUAGUUUAGGUUAACUUCACACCAUCAUACAAAAAAUGGACAUCAUAGAGCCUGUGUAUCAUCCUGAAAUAAAACAAAUAAGGAACAAAGAUGUAUCUCAGGAAAAGAAUUAGUGUUUAAUGGAACUGAAGAGAAGUGGAAAAGUUAAAAGAGGAGAGCAGUCAUCUGAAUAUGUUGCUAGAUAGCUUGUAGCUAAUGCCUCACCAACAACUUCCAUCUAUAAAAUGGAUGAAAGAUCUCAAGCUGAAACCAACGUUUGCAUGGCUGUGUCCCCGUGCUGUUUGAGCUUUAUAAUCAUCCCCAGACAAACACGCUUCUCUUGGAGUGAUACAACCUGGCCAAACUGUCUGUGCAUGGCUCCACAGCUAUGGAGGCGAGGGCUCAUCACAGCUCUGACCACAAGGUCUACUCGAUAUUUUUACAGAUUUUUAUCUCCUGUCUUGAUUCUUACAAAGAGAGAUUUAUCGUAUUGUAUUUUUGCUGCAUAUAUUUAUGAACUGAGCAGUGCUUAUAAAUUCUUAAAACUUUUAUUUGUAAAAGGUUUAUAACAUAUUGUGACGUAAGAUUAUUGAAAACGUGAAGUCUUUCCAUGUUUUUUAGAAGCUGAUUUUUCCAUGUGGUGUGUGCGUUUUUGCACGAGUGCAUACCAAUCCAUCCUCCUGACACAUGAGACUUACACAUGAGUGGCUCUGGCUUCUGCAGUAUGACUUCAGAGUACAUCCACUGGUUUGAUUAAAGGUGCGUUCAAGUCAGCUCAGAAUGCAGGAUUUUUCUGUCACAUCACCAGACAGGAAUGCAGCAGAUUGCUGGGCAUCACUUUAUUUGAACUGUGCUGCACUGCACAAACUAUACUACAGUACCUCAAACUACCUAGCUAACUACAUUAGACCUGUGAGUCACUGUGUAGUUUAUAGUAGUUUGGCUUACCUUUUCUUUACCUUCUGCCCUACCUUCCUAAUAUUUAAAUGCUACAUUUGCAAUUUUGUAUGAUAAUCUUAAAGUAAUACUACUUUUCAAGUGCUGAAGGAGUUGUUAGAUACUAUAACAAGCUUUGUUUCCACACUAGGUGUUAUAAUUUGAACUUGAAAUUGAAGCCGAAGCUUUAGUUACCUUAAAGAGAAAGGUUUCUAAUAGAAGGCUGCAAAAAAAAAAUUUCCCACUGAGUAUUUUUCACCAGCCACUCUGAUCAGUAUGCUGGUGGUCAUUUUUUAAAUAAGACAGAGGUCCAUUUUUAGCUGCUUGAUUGACAUGCUUCGUCUUAUGUGAUUAACACACUGGCCAGUUACUAAUACACAUAAGGAACUAUGUUGUUCAGAUUUUUCACUCAGUAAAUAUUUUCCUUUAAAUCCACGCAGCAAUAUUAGUGCUCAAUGUUAACAGCGCAUUUGGCUCUUUUGGCCAAUCUAAUGAUGAUGUAUCUCCUCCAAUCAGCUUCCAGCUGCUAACCCCCUAUUCCACUGCACUGCUGUUUAAAUCUCUGUGUUAUGAAUUCUGAGAUGUGUGAAUGCACUCUGUGAGAACAGGAUGAAGGGUCAGCACGUUGUGUUGCUGUGAUACUGUAUUAUAACCUGGAUUACACUGUACUGUACACUCAGUGAUCAAGGAUUUGAGUCCACAUCCACACCUGGCUGCAGUUUUACUUUAAGUUUUGUUGUUUUUGCAUUUAAUUUUGUUUAGUUUUGGAAAGAAAUUGAAUUUAGAUUUCAGAUGCACUUCUCAGCUGGUGCAAAGGGGACCGGGUCCCAUCUUCAUGUGGACUCACAGAUGUUUUCCUCAUACGUGUUAUUCAUGUGUAUUAGUUUGUUUGCAUUCACAUUCACUCAUUUAUUAUUGCCAAAUAAAGGUGUGAUGAUCUUAAAUAAAGCGUAACUCCUGAGUGGU